AAACGUCAACAAACACAGACCUCGAGAAGGGUGCAGAAGAAAUGCUAGUUUGAGAGUCAUUUCCGCGACAAUCACUCUCAAAAUGACCACAGAUUGGCAUUGCAUCGAGAAAGUGCCGCUGGAAGUGAAUGCUUUCGCCCGGGAAGAUGCCUCGGAAAUCCACCCCCUGCGACAGAUGACUGUGACGGUGUUGGAGAGCAAAGGAACGAGAAGAGAGAAGUCUUCCGGCGGCACUGGCUUGGGAAUGUUGGAUCCACUGAGCCAGGCGUUUGACGGAUCGGAUCCUCUAAGCCAAUUCGCGAGGCAGGCUUCGUUGGAGGUUGACCCACUGUCUCAGAUAGCAGCUGAGUAUGAACUCAGCUCUAGCGGUGGCAAAAAGAUGGAUUCUCCUCUCGAGGAAGCCAUAGAACCGUGGAGUUCCCGCAGAUCGGCGAUCCUCAGCAAGUAUACAACUGCUGAGCGUCUGUCCAUUGUGACUAGCUUCGUGUCAGGCAGCGAAUCCAUCAAGGCUCAGACGACGAUGACUGAGAAGGUGAAGCAUCGCCUGGAGCAGCUGGAUGACUUCGCGGACGGCUCCUAUCAUAUGCAGGACGUUACUCAGCAGGAGUACGUGUCGAGGAUUGAGCAGCUGAAUCAGGAACUGGUUCAGGCGUGGAACAACGAUCACCGCGUGACAGCGCUGAAGAUUGCCAUUCAAUGCUCGAAGCUGCUGGCCGACACUUCGGUCAUGCAGUUCUACCCAAGUCAGUUUGUGCUCAUCACGGACAUCCUGGACAUCUUCGGGAAGCUGGUGUACGACAGGCUGAAGGUCAAGGCUGGCUACAUCAGGCCUGGCAGCACAAAUCCCACUGCUCUGCCGGACAACUUUACGCCAGACAUGGUGCCCGAAAUGGCCAAGGAGACGUGCCUCAACUGGUUCUACAAGAUAGCAUCGAUCAGGGAGCUUCUGCCGCGCUUCUACGUGGAGGCGGCCAUCCUCAAGUGCUACAGUUUCCUCACGUCCACGGAAUUCAAUCUGGCUCUGCUCAGACUCACGCGCAUCAUUCGCGGCAUCGGAGAUCCGCUCGUGUCGAUCUAUGCGCGCUGCUAUCUCUGCCGCGUGGGCAUGACUGUCACGUCCGACAGGGCGUACAUCAGUGAGAACCUCACGGAUCUCUUCACGGUCUACCACACGAUGUUCAGUCCGCGGCUGAAGAACGAAUUGACGCGACAGCGCCUGGAAAUGCCCACAUAUCUCAGCCUGUACAUUCCCGCAUUGGACUGGAUCAUGCAGGGAAUGGCUGUUCACACGCCCGACGCAGUUCUCGAUCAGAUCCUGGACAAGUGUCUGGCCCAGAAGAAUAACGGCCUUUUGCUCAAUUCCGUCAUGACGUCCUUUAGCUGCAACUUCAUCUCUAGACGCGCCGUGAAGCUCCUGCUCGCCAUCAGCGACAAUUCCCUGUCCGAGGGCUUUCCGCAAGCGCAGCUGCUGCGCGCCUUGGGCUCUUGCCUCGUGAUGGCCACGACAUUGCCCGAGGAAAGACAACAAGUGUGGGCGGACGCGAUGCGUCUCAUUGGAGAGAUUAAGCUUCCCGGACAGUUUAUCCUCGCCCUGGAAUCCUGGGCUGAACUGACGAGCACUGCGUAUAAUUUGAGUCACGUGGCGGCGAUUCUGGAGGACUUGUUGAUGCACAUGGGCCAGAAUCGGGUCUUCGAGCAGCACUAUGGCGAAUUGCAGGCAGUUGUGGAUAAGAUUGUGUUCAAUAGCAAGGAUCUGGAGGGUUUGCUGACACUUGACAACUUCAUGCCCGUCCUGGACCUCUUCCAGAAGGAGUCCGUGAAGCUGGACGUCUGCAGGAACAUCAUGAUGGUGUACAGAGAUAAGAUCGAGGCAAAGACCAAUGAUCCGGUGACCACAAAUGCCUUGAUGUACAUCUGUCGUGUUCUCAAUGACUCUGUCAAUGCGCUCACGGUGGACGACGAGAGACGCCAGAUCGGCGGCCUGAUAAGCCACAUGAUAAAGCAAGUGGAUUUUGGGAGGGACUUUGAGUCGCAACUGGCCUUCUACGUCGACGCCAGAGCGGCAUUCCUCAAUCUGGACGUUGUCUAUGCCACUCUUAUCCACUGUGUCAACAAUUUGGCCAUGGAGACGCGUCGGAUGAUCCGCGGCCAGCACUCCAAGAAGACGGCGGCUUUCGUGCGCGCCUGUGCCGCCUACUGCUUCAUCACGAUUCCCAGCAUUGUGGCCGUGGCCACGCGCAUGGACCUCUAUUUGGUCUCUGCCAGCGUGGCCCUGCAGAAUCUGUGCCUUGGCCAGGCGGAUUCUUGCCUCGAGGCGGCGAUAGAGCUGCUUCCUGACCUCCCAGCUGUCGUGGAAGUGGACGGCAAGCCGAAGAGCAACGAAGCCUAUCUCAUCAGCUACGUGGGAUCUCUCCUGUCCACACUGAUUGUCGUGCCCGACAGUCCGGACAGAGGCGUUCUCUUCCUCCUCAGACUGCUGCUGGACAAGCUGAAUCUGUACCAAUUUGAUGAGAUUCACUGCCAGUGCGAAGCCACGCUCAUCACAAUCUACUUAGGCAUCCUGGACAUGCUCUCGACAGCUGCUCAGGACGCUUAUCCCUAUCACAUUCCCGGGAUUGUGUCCAACGACGAGCUGUACGGUUCCGAUCCCAAAUUCAUUGCCGAAAUCGAUGGACUGAGUAGCAAAGUGGCGGACAAGAUCCUGAUCAAUCUCAAGCUCCUGGCCGAUAAAGGGCAGCUGAAGGUGCAGAGCAAUCUCGCGCUGGAGCUGUUCACGCGCAUCGUGCGCAGCACGGAUAUCACGCGAGACAAGCAGUUCACACUGGCGGUGAAUCUCUGGAAUCUCGUGACGAAGAACAAGGCGCUGCUGGACGCGAAGGCUCUGCUCGCAGUGCUGGCGAUUGUGGAGCAAACGAGGACGGCGCAGGGCAACACAGUCCUGGGAAAGCGUCUCGAGGAGCUCGUAAUGCGCAUGAGAAAUAAACUGUAAGACACGCUCGUCAAUAAAAUAGUUUGAUAAGAGGACAAGUUUUUGGCAAUUAUUGGUUUUUAGAUUCAAUACCUGUUCAUUGUCUUCGCUUCCAAGUUGCGCAGGAAGCGAAGAAAGAUGAUAGAAAACCACCAGCGAACCAUGACAAAAAGUCUUCAAUUGAAACUCACAUCGUAUUUUAAAGUUUUACAAAUAUAUUUAUUCGAAAGAAAGACGUCGGACAUGAAAGUGUAAAAUAAAUGCAGUUGGCCUAAAAUUCAGCUAUCAAUAUCAAGAGUUUACAAUAUUGUUUGAGGUUGCAUAAGAGACAGUGUGUUUGGUCGUGCGAAGGGCGCGUCCUGCAAAUCCUUU